AUGCUCCAGGAGAAAAGCCUGUCUGAAACCGAGGAAGGGUUUCCAACAGCCCCCGCGCCCGGCCAUGCGGACACCUCCGCCGGCUCCCCCGUCCUCGGCGUAGCCGGGGGGAGCAGCACGCCGCUGAGCAGCCCGCAGCUCCCCGACCCCGAGCAGACAAUAGAAAAUAUCAAAGUCUAUCUCCAUGAGAAGGAGCUAUGGAAGAAAUUUCAUGAAGCUGGUACGGAAAUGAUAAUAACCAAAGCAGGCAGGAGGAUGUUUCCCAGUUACAAGGUCAAAGUGACUGGAAUGAACCCCAAGACCAAGUACAUUUUGUUGAUCGACAUCGUCCCGGCUGACGACCACCGCUACAAAUUCUGUGACAACAAAUGGAUGGUGGCUGGGAAGGCCGAGCCGGCCAUGCCGGGCAGGCUGUACGUGCACCCCGACUCCCCGGCCACAGGAGCCCACUGGAUGAGGCAGCUGGUGUCCUUCCAGAAGCUCAAACUCACCAACAACCACCUGGAUCCCUUUGGACACAUCAUCCUUAAUUCAAUGCACAAGUACCAGCCCCGGCUGCACAUUGUGAAGGCGGACGAGAACAACGCCUUCGGCUCCAAGAACACAGCUUUCUGCACCCACGUCUUCCCAGAGACCUCCUUCAUCUCUGUCACCUCCUACCAGAACCACAAGAUAACCCAGCUGAAAAUUGAGAACAAUCCCUUUGCCAAGGGCUUCCGGGGCAGCGACGACAGCGACCUGCGCGUGGCACGGCUCCAGAGCAAAGAAUAUCCAGUAAUUUCCAAAAGCAUCAUGAGGCAGAGGUUGGUGUCCAGUCACGGCCAGCUGUCAGCAAAGCCAGAUGUUAACCCUCUCCAUGGGAAUCACCAGAGCCUGCAGCAUUAUCAGUAUGAGAAUGGUGCUCACAUGCAGUUUGCAGCUUCGGAUACUCAAGAUCUGCCACUCAACACCUUCACAGCACAGAGAGAUUCAGGGCUCUUCUACCAUUGUCUAAAAAGAAGAGAAAGCGCUCGGCACCUGGACCUGCCCUGCAAACGCUCCUACCUGGACGCCUCGUCCUCGGUGGGGGACGAUCACUAUUUCCGCUCGCCGCCGCCCUACGAGCAGCAGAUGCUGAGCCCGUCCUACUGCGGCGAGGUGGCCCCCAGGGAGGCCUGCAUGUACUCUGGCUCCGGCGCCGACAUCGCCGCCGUCUCGGCCGUCGACGAUUUACCGCCUCCUCCUCCUCCGCUGAGCUGCAACAUGUGGACUUCAGUCGCACCUUACACCAGCUACAGCGUGCAGACCAUGGAGACUGUCCCCUACCAGCCCUUCCCGCCGCACUUCACCGCCACCCCCGUGAUGCCGCGGCUCCCGGCCAUGGCGGGCCAGGGCUCGCAGCCGCCGGGGAACGGCCCCUUCAGCGUCUACAACCAGCUGGGCCCGGCCGCGGGCCGGGAGCGCGGCCCCGCCUCGUCCUUCCCCAGGGAAAGGGUGCACCCGGCCGUGUGCGAGAGGAAACCCCCCUCCCCGCACCUGAACGCGGCCAACGAGUUCCUGUACUCGCAGGGCUUCUCGCUCUCCAGGGAGGCGUCGCUGCAGUACCAUUCAGGGAUGGGGACCGUGGAGAACUGGACCGACGGGUGA